UCUGCAGAAUUCUUUGAAAUGCUUGAAAAAAUGCAGGGUCCAAAAUCAGAAGAACAGAAGAGUGGAGGCCACAAGGAGGACUAUAUCCCCUAUCCCAGCAUUGAUGAGAUUUUAGAAAAAGAGAGUCCCUACCCCUUAAUCAUCUUGCCUCAGUUUGGGGGCUACUGGAUCGAAGACCCCGAGAACCUCAGCACCCCCACUUCAUCCGAAAGCAGCAUCUGCGACGAAGAGGAGGAACCGCUCAGCCCCAGCACUUAUGGCUACAAAUUGGAGUGCAAAGGUGAAGCCAAGGCAUAUCGGAAACAUUUCUUAGGAAAGGAUCAUUUAAAUUUUUACUGCACGGCCAGCAGCCUGGGAAAUCUGAUCCUUUCCAUUAAAUGUGAAGAGGCAGAUGGAAAUGAAUAUCUACGGAUUAUUCUCAGGCCUUCUGCGAUGACGCCACGGGAUUAAAGUUUCAACCUGUGCUCUAUCCCAAG